AUGGGGGCGAUUGGUGAUUCCGAACCCUGCUGCGUCAACAAUCGAUCAUUACGCAUUAUGGUUUGGCUAAUUGUUCCGGCAGAGGGGGGAACAGGAUGUAGUAACUGGCAUGGGAGAGCUCGGAUCGUCUGCCGUAAUGUGUUUGUGUUUGACGGUGGUGGCGCAGGUGGAGACAAGCGGCGGGUUGUAUCUAAAAUUUCGAAGAAUGGUAGUGCUGAGAUUUUUCAAACCAUUACGGACUUGAACCGCAUGAAGGAUGAGGCUUCAACUCAGAUGAAAAAGGCCAUCUUUAGCAACUUUGAACUUUUCAUCGACGCCAGUAAAGCCGUGACAGUAAUUGCUGCCAUGAUGCAUCAAUUGGACCAUCAGUUGGUUGAACAAAAACGUCUCUGUUCUGCUUUGGCCGAAAAAUCCCUCUUCCGAGAUGAAAAACUCCUAAGCGAUAAGUCGAACCGACCCUCCAAAAUGGACAGUGGCAUCUCUUCCCUCUUGAACUCAGUCGACGGUGUCUCAAAUUUAGUCAAAGACUCGGCUAGACAACUCCUUUUUGACACAGAUGCUAUUGAGAUCAAUCCUACUACUUACGUAAAACAGGGUUAUAUUCACCUCUUCGUUUUAAGCGACUAUAUUCUCAUCACCAAAAAACAAUUCGACUCCUACGAGAUGUGUCGCUUUAAGAAGCAGGCCCUUUAUGAAAUCGAGAACGUGGUGGUGGUUGACGUAAAGACUACCGAUUCGUCAAAGGCUGCCUUCAACCUCGUGCAACUUCUCGUCUUUCCUGACAGCUAUGUCUUCCAAAUGGAGUCAAUUAAAGUGAAGCGAGCGCUUAUUUCUACCAUCGACGAGGCAAAGCGACUCCACCUCAUCGGCGCAGCCGUGGAUGAGGCGGAUUCGGGGACACAGGGAGAGGUAAAGGUGGACGGUGGCCGUGGUGCCUCCACAUUCUUCGGUGGUCCUGACGCAGAUACACCGUGCUGCUCGACGAUUGUGGACACCUCGCCUGAGGUGGACACGCUGUGUUUCGAAGCGCUGGCAGGGACGGUUCCCGAGAUUGCAGAUUUUAUUAGACGCGAACGGCCAUCGACUGGGACCACUAACACGGCUCGUGUUAAUCCCUUCCACAGGGACUCUUUCGCUGGAAAUACACCAUCCUUGGGUUCAAACGAGGACGCCUGGCUAUGGGAGGCGCCGGAGGAUGUGGACGUGGCGGUUGCAGUUCGUGACUUUGCUAAGGCCGCCCGUCUCAUCGCCCGUGCACGUCGCCGACUCGCUCAAUUCCUGCCCUCCGACGCCUCGCCCGAUCACAACUACCCGCAGCAGACGCAGGUCUCUGCGGCUGCAAUCGGUCUGACCAAGCUGAAGGACCGGGUAGAGGCGAGGGCGACCAACCUCUCUACCGUGCUGCAAGAGGAACUCACGCUUGCAGCGGAUCGACACAGUGCUAAUCAGUCGGUGCAUGUGGCCGUUGUCCAACUCUCCGAGUUGGGUAAAACGGUGUUGGCCCUACAUCUCUUCCUCGCCUAUCGUUCCGGCGUCAUCGGCAGCAGUCUGGUGCAUGGAGUGCGACAGGAGGGCAACCAGUUGGUCUACCUCAACCGCCUCAGUUUUGUCUUCCAUCGGGGUCUCGUGGAAUCUGUGGCCGAGUGGAGCCAACUCAUUGAUCAGUUGAGGAAACAGCCCGAAUUUUCGGGCCUCGAUGAUGUGGUCACUUCAAAGCUAUGCAGUUGGGUUUUGGAGGAAACGGUCCGGUUUUGCAAUCAGCUAAAAGUCAUUCUCAUCGACAGUCGAUCAAUCUCCUUCUAUGCGAUGGCUUGUGCCAGUGAGCGGAUCCAUGCUCAUGCUAAAAAGACAACUGAAUUGAUAGGAGUUGAUGUCAAGUCGACGGUGGACAAUUGUCUAUUGAAGUCGUGGCAACGAGCAGUUGAGGAGCAAGGCCGAGUGUACAAGGAUGCCGUGGAGCAUCGAGCAUCUAAGGAGAACUGGCAACCCACAGGCAAUAGCGAUGCCAACAUCAAGACACUGACGGAGGCGGGUUUUCCGGAAGCCAAACAAAGUCUCAAUGGCGGCAGAGGUGGCCUGGCCGCCUUCACCACACAGACGACGCGCUCACUGUCGCAAUUCGCGCAUGCCUGUGCGCGUUUCGACUGCGUGGAGUUGCGCGAAUGCUUCGCCACCACCCUGGCCAACAUGCUGCGGUGCGACCUGGACGUCUACUCGCGCGCGCUGGCAGCAGCCAAGACUCCGGAGGAGAGCAAGUUAAUAAUGGCAAAUCUGCACUUCCUUGCGUACAAGGUGAUCCCAAAGAUCGCAACAAAGAUUAAUUGUGCCGACCACUUGGCUGUGACAGCGGUCAUAAAGGGCUUCAAAAAACUCCUUCGAGGGACCCAUCACUGA